GUUUCCUUGUAGCUUCUUCCCUUCACCGCGUUGAGUUGGAAAAAGAACAAUGAAUAAAUGUAAGACAAAUAUGUCUACCAACUCAGUCCAGUCAUCUCUCCAGUCCCCAUCGUUUACCACCUACACAAGACUCCGCCAUAUUCAUAAUUCUUAAAUGUUUUGUUUGCAAAAAUCCCAUUUUCCUGGAUAUUUCCCACUCCUCGCACGUCUCCCAUCUUUUCCUUUCCUUUUCCUCUUCUUGCUUCUACAUCAUUUUGACCUCAAAAACAACAAAGGGUCUUUUUCAGAAAUGGUUUAGGUGUUGAAAAGAAAAAAGAAAAUGGAUUUUGUUUAAUUGUUUGAGAUUGUUUUCGAACAACUAAUGGCUGGGAUUCUAAGAAAAUUUCUUCCUGUUGUUGGGAAAUCAUCUGUUAAAGAUGAUUAUGAUGAUGACAGUAACGUUGAGUACUCAUUUGCUAUUGAGUACCAUGGUCCUCCGGUCAGUUUUGACAUCCCCAAAGCUGUUCCGGUGGACGUUGGCCGGCUCCCCACGGCGGCUCCGGUUUCCUCUUCCUAUGUUUUGAGUGAUACUGAUGUUUCAUUGCCUGUUAUCCAACCAAUUGUGAAGGCUAAACCAGAGACCAAAAACUCAGCUCCAAAACUAUCCAAUGAAUCAUCGACUGAUAGUUUGAGGAGACCAUCAAUGGAGCUAGAGUUAGUUGAUUCCAAUACAAUUGAGUCAGUGUUAAGCUCACCUUCACUUUCAUCGUCUGAAAUAUCUUCUCAAAAAGGGGAUGAGGAUAACAAAGUGACUACUUGCCAUGUCAAAAAACCAUCUGUAGUAACUUUCCGUGAUCCGGAAUCAUGUGACGUGCUUCAAGAAGAGUUGAGCUCGCAUUCGAACCAUUCCGAGACCGGGAGCACCGACACUGCUGCACAAUCUAUUGCGAGGAAGGGGGAAAAAGGGUCAUGUUAUAGGUGCUUAAAGGGGAACCGGUUUACUGAGAAGGAGACUUGCAUUGUUUGUGAUGCAAAGUUCUGUUACAAGUGUGUAUUGAGAGCAAUGGGGUCGAUGCCGGAGGGAAGAAAAUGUGUUACUUGCAUAGGUAAGAAGAUCGAUGAAUCGAAGCGAUCACGUCUCGGAAAAUGUUCGAGGAUUCUCAAGAGGUUGCUCAAUGAGUUGGAAGUUCAGCAGGCAAUGAAUUCUGAGAAGACGUGCAUGGCAAACCAGCUACCACCCGAGCUGAUCGUUGUCAACAGAGAGCCUCUGAAUCAAGAUGAGUUGCAUGUUCUGCAAACCUGCCGAAACCGGCCGAAGAAAUUAAAACCAGGAUUCUAUUGGUAUGACAAAGUAUCUGGAUUGUGGGGAAAGGAUGGACACGGGCCAUGCCAGAUUAUUACUGCUCAGCUCAAUGUUGGUGGACAAAUCAAGGCUCAUGCUAGCAAUGGAAAUGCGAAAGUAAUCGUAAAUAAUCGAGAGAUUACAAGAAAAGAGUUGUGGAUGCUGCAGAUCGCCGGAGUUAAUUGUGAAGGAAAACCGAGUUUUUGGCUAAGUGCCGAUGGAUUGUACCAGGAAGAGGGUCAGAAUAAUGAAAAGGGGCCUAUAUGGAAGAAGACACGAGUUAAGCUUUUUUGCGCUCUCUUGUCUUUGCCGGUUCCUCCCAAUGCAACAAGUCCCGCCGGAGAAGAUGUCGACCAGAGAACCCUGGAGCUGCAAGUGCUUCAUAAACUUCUACUAGUUGGCUACCAAAAGUCAGGCACAAGUACAAUAUAUAAGCAGGCCAAGAUUCUGUAUAAUGUUUCCUUCUCUGAAGAUGAACGCCGAGAUAUAAAAUUGAUGAUCCAAAGCAAUUUGUAUGGUUAUCUUGCUGUAUUGCUCGAAGGGAGAGAACGAUUUGAAGAAGCCUUAACAGAGAAUAGAAAAAGGCAGAUUGCCGAUGGAUCUGGUCCUUCAAGCAGGGAAAGCCAGAUUGAUCGUAAAUCUGAAUUUUCCAUUUCGCCCCGACUGAAAGUCUUCUCGGAGUGGCUUAUCCAAGUGAUGGUGUAUGGUAAUUUGGAAGUCAUCUUCCCAGAUGCUACUUCUGAUUAUGCACCAUAUGUUCAGGAGCUGUGGAACGAUGCAGGCUUUCAGGCCACAUAUAACCGAAGACACGAACUCGAAACGCUGCCCGGAGCUGCUACUUAUUUCUUAGAACGGGCUGUUGAGAUUUCAAAGACGGAUUACGAGCCCUCGAAUAUGGAUAUCUUGUAUGCCGAGGGAAUCACGUCGUCCAACGGACUAUCUUGCAUGGAAUUCUCAUUUCCCACAUCAGAUAGAGAAAGAUUUGUUGAUGGUUAUCAACAUGAUCCAUCAGCAAGGUUCCAACUUAUUAGAUUGCAUCCCAGUAGCCUUGGGGAGAACUGCAAGUGGGUAGGGAUGUUCGAAGAUGUCGAUAUCGUCCUGUUUUGCGUCUCAUUGACCGACUACGCCGAGUUUUCAUUAGACGGUAACGGUGUUCCGGUAAACAAAAUGGUGGCAAGCAAGCAACUGUUUGAAAGUAUAGUCACCCAUCCGGAAUUCGAACAAAAGGACUUCCUUCUUAUACUCAACAAAGCCGACCUGCUCGAAGAAAAAAUCGAGCAGGCACCCCUGACUCGAUGCGAAUGGUUCCACGACUUCAACCCUGUUAUCAGCCAUAAUCAACUGUCCAACAGCAACAGCUGCAAUGAUAGAAACAGGCAUGCUACACUGGCACAGCGUGCCUUCCACUACAUUGCCGUAAAGUUCAAGAGGCUAUUCCAUUCGCUUACCGAUCAUAAGCUGUACGUUUCCAUGGUUACCGGCUUGGAGCCGGAUUCCGUCGAUGAAGCUCUCAGAUACACCAGAGACAUUCUUAAGUGGGACUACAACGACAACAGCUUCAUCAACGUCGAGAUGUCGUCUACAGAUAUCGAAGCAAGCUCAACUUCAUGACCCUUUUUUAGUUUCUUCAAAAGGAUUACAGAUGUAAAAAAAGAUAUCAGAUUCUUAGGCCC